AUGUCUGAAGCAGCGACAAGCUCUGAAAUGCUUCUCAGUGUGCAAGAAAAAAGCAGGAAAAUCAAUCGUACUCCUCUUCUGAUACGAGAGUUUGUGAAACUUGGUGAGGCUGGCGGUAUGGUGGAUGUUAACGGAGCAGACAGAAGACAGAAUAAUGGUUACUUGCGAGUGAUGCAGUGGAAUCUUUUAGCUCAAGGUCUCUGUCAGUCAAGUGAUGGAUUUGUUCUGUGUCCAUCCGAUGCCCUUGACUGGCAAUUCCGACAGUUUCGUAUCAUUGAAGAACUGCUGUCCUAUUCAGCCGACAUUUAUUGUCUAGAGGAAGUUGACAAUUUUUCAUUCAUCGAAGGUUAUCUCAGCAAGCUGGGUUUUAAAGGCUGUUUCUGCCCAAAGCCGGACUCUCCCUGCUUGUACCAGGCCAACAAUUUUGGACCUGACGGUUGUGCUAUUUUUUGGUCUGAAUCAAAGGUUAGACUUCUGAAACAAGACAGUGUGAUACUUCAUGACGAUAAAAACCGGGAGACAAAUCAGGUGGCAUUGAUGUGCACGUUCAGAGGGUUAGCUGGGAACAUGAAAGACAAAGAUUUUCUUUGCGUUGCCACUCAUUUGAAAUCUAAGCUUGGCUAUGAUGAGCUCAGACACCAGCAAGGAAAGUUCUUGGAGAAGUACUUGAGGCAGACAGCAGCAGAGAUUCCACUAAUUCUGUGCGGAGAUUUCAAUGCCGAUCCACAAUCCAAAGCAGUCAGCGUGCUAAAAGCCAGUAAUCUACAACUCAAAAGUACAUACACACUUCUGUCAAGUGACGGAGCUGAACCGGUUUACACCACAUGGAAGGUUCGUGCCGGAAGGAAAGGGCAAGCCAACACAGAAGUCUGUCACACCAUUGACUAUCUGUUUGUCUCCGGUAAACAGUUCCAGGUUGUCCAGCUGCUUAAGUUACCCACACCUGAAGAAAUAGGUCCGGGAUUUUUGCCGUCCUAUUCCUAUCCCUCGGAUCAUAUAUCUCUGGUAGCGGAUCUGAAGUUUGUGGAAUUUGAUCACAUAUGA